AUCUCCCAGCCCCGCUCCCCAAAUCUCAGCCCCGCUCCUUCCCAGUCCCAGUCCCAGAUCCAGGAUGUCCUCCUCCGACCCGGACGACGCCCCCGACGGGGGCGAGGACUCGCCCCUCUUCCGCCGCAGCGGGGGGCCGUCCUCCGGCGGCACCGUUGGCGACGUCCCCGUCUCGCAGUCGCUCAUCAAGGCGGCAAGCAACGUGUGCUUCUCCCUCUUCGUGCUCGCCGUCCUUGUCGUCACCGUCGUCGCCGUCACAUACCAGCCGCCGGACCCCUGGCUCCAGUCCUCCGCCGCCAUCACCACCUCGCUCUCCCGCGUCCUCCCCAACUCCACCUUCCUCGUCCCCGACGACUCGCUCCUCCCCACCGGCGAGGAUUUCAACUCCUCCACCGCCGUCCCAGCCCCGGUGCGGGAUGACGAUGACGCGGCUGCGGCCGUCAGCGCCGCCUCCGCCGCGGCCGCGGGCAACAGGACCUGCGACCCGGACGCGCCGCUGAACUGCUCCGACCCGCGCGUCCUCGCCGCCGUCAAGGCGUUCAACGCCAGGGCCUUCUUCCGGAAGUCCAUCGUGUUUCUCAGCUACGAGGCGCCGGUGUCCGGCCCCAAGCCUGGCCAGUGCGAUGUCGCCUGGAGGUUCCGGAACCGCCGGGAGAAGUCGUGGCGCCGCUACAGGGACUACCGUCGCUUCAGCCUCGCCUCGGGCGAUGGCUGCGCUCUUGACAUCGUCAGCGUCGGCAAGUUCCGCUCGGGGACGAAUGCAGCUCGCCGGCCGUAUCCUAAGGGCUCGAAGUCGAAGAGGCCCCGCGUGUCGCCGCCGCCUGUCGAUGCGGAGAUCAAUGACACAAUCCCUGUCGUCGGAUCAGAGGCAGAGUUCAAGAAGGGAAAGUACUUGUACUACAUGAGAGGAGGUGACCAUUGCAAGAGCAUGAACCAGUUCGUCUGGAGCUUCUUGUGUGGACUCGGCGAAGCCAAGUUCCUCAACCGGACGUUCGUGAUGGAUCUGAACAUCUGUUUGUCCGGGGCACACACGGUCGACGGGAAGGAUGUGGAUGGGAAAGAUUUCCGGUACUAUUUCGAUUUCGAGCACUUGAAGGAGAGUGUGCCGGUGGUGGAGGAAGGGGACUUCCUGAAGGAUUGGAAGCGUUGGGAUAAGAAGAAGGGCCCAGGACGGAUCACAGUGCGGAAGGUUCCAUCGUACAAGGUAACACCAAUGCAGCUGAAGAGGGACAAGAGCAACAUCAUCUGGAGGCAAUUUAAUGGCCAUGAGCCCGAGAAUUACUGGUACCGAGUUUGCGAAGGACGAGCUGCCAAAGUCAUCCAAAGGCCUUGGUAUGCUAUCUGGAAGUCCAAGAGACUGAUGAACAUUGUGACUGAGAUUGCAGGUAGGAUGGAUUGGGAUUACGACGGUUUACAUGUUGUCCGAGGGUGGAAGGCGCAGAACAAGCAAAUGUAUCCAAACCUGGAUUCCGACACGUCGCCUGAUGCGCUCGUUGAUAAGGUGACCAAGCUUGUUAAGCCGAUGAGAGAUCUCUACAUCGCAACUAAUGAGCCAUUCUAUAACUACUUCGACAAGCUCAGGUCACACUUCCAUGUCCAUUUGCUUGAUGAUUACAAGGAGCUUUGGUCAAACACUAGUGAAUGGUACAACGAGACAACAACACUUAGUCGGGGUAAACCAGUUCCAUUCGACGCCUACAUGAGGGUGAUUGUGGACACUGAGGUAUUUUACAGAUCGAAGACACAGGUUGAGACGUUCAACAACUUGACAAGGGAUUGCAAAGAUGGAAUCAAUACGUGCAACUUGUGACACAUGAGUUCACGCUUCGGAUCAUUUGUUGGUGUUCAAUAUACCCUUCUAGUGGCUGGCACAUCAGAACUCAGUGGAACUCAUCCAGGGUUUGUCUUUUGGCAUUACCAUCGUUAUGUAUUUCUUGUCAUGGAAUGUUUAGCUGGUUUCAUGUUUAUCUGAGUUGUGUGCUCUCCAUUUUUUUUUUCUUUUGUAGUUUAUGUACUACUCUUCCAGAGUCCAGACGUCCGAAAAAUUUGUAUUUAGUGGGCAAUCUGCAACAUCUAUGCUCUCUGUACCCGCACUAAAUUAAGUGAGAACUAUAGCUUCACCUUUACAGUGUAUCUGUUUUCACGA